AUGGGGACAAGUAAAUCCGCGAGCCACUUAAAGACAAAGUCUAUGAGUAGGACGCGGUCUAUGAGUAAGACGAGAUUUGCCAGCAAUUACUCCCAACUAGAUCUGCGAGAGCACUUGAAUCGAAAGAAAGCUGACCUUCGCCAACAGCUUGGUCUAAAGCAAGAGGAUCCAAUCCAAUUGCGGAUAAACGAGCUGGAGGACAAGUUCAGGAGAUAUCAAGUGGGGGAAUUAGGGAAAUCAUCUAGAUACAACUCUGGCGAGGAGCUUGAGCCGUAUCACCCAAAUAUUAUGAAUACCCUUUUUCCUUCGGGAUUCAAAAACUCGCAUGUCUCGUCCUAUGACGGAACCAGAGAUCCACUGUCCAGGGAUUUCAAGAAGCAAUUUCAAGCCACUAGGGAUAGGCAACCCGAAGCGGCCUUGCUAACCAAUAUAAAUCAGCAGCCUGACGAAACACUUAAGGAGUACUUAAGUCGUUUUAGCACGGCUGCUGCUAGGGUGUUUAUCCAAAAGGAAGAAGCCCAAAAGGAAAUGAACUUGUUGAAAAUAGGCUCGGGAGGUAAACCCAGCAAUGUUUCAACAGGGACUGCUUCCACGAGAAUUGAUAACUCGGGGGCUUCUGGUCCGAAAAGAAAGGACAGAAUUCAGGAACCGUCGAAGGAUAGAAAGAAACAAAAGAAGCAUGACAAAUACAUGCCAGUGUAUACUAUUUAUACCGAGCUUAAUGAAACUCGGGAAAAUAUUUACCUCGCACAUGAGCAGAAGGUAGCCUUCAGCAAACCCGAGCCUAUAAGGAAUUUGAGGAGCAAAAGAGAUCCUAACAAAUAUUGUAAAUUUCAUAAAGAUAUUGGGCAUACGACCGACGAAUGUCGCCAAUUGAAAGAUGAGAUAGAGAGCCUCAUCGCUCGAGGGGAAAGCAUUAACGCUCAGAAGAGAUAUGUGAAGGAGAUAAAGAACGACCAGUCGGUAUUUGCCCCAAAACCUUCCAAGAAGGUGAAAACCAAGGAACCCCCCAUUACAUUCACAGAAGAAGAUGAGAAGAAUGUGAGAUACCCUCACGUCGAUCCGCUGGUCAUAACCAUUCAACUCGCUGAUAAGAGGAUCAAGAGAGUGUUAAUAGACAAUGGGAGCUCGGUAAAUAUCAUUUAUAAGGAGACUUUAAAGAAAAUGGGGCUCGAAAAGGCCAAGUUAAGGCCUUGUAUGGUGAAUGUUUGCGGAUUCACCAAGGAUAGCAUCGCUAGCCUUUGCAUAAUCAAGCUCGCAUUAACUUUAGGCGAGGCACCUUUGACUGCUACUGUUAUGCAAGAUUUCUUGGUUGUCGACCUGCCUUCGGCUUACAACAUAUUGUUGGGUCGUCCAGCACUAAUCAGACUAGGAGCAGUCAGUUCGAUCAAGCACCUAUCUUUAAAGUUCCAAACACCAGAUGGCGUGGGAGUGGUGCGUGGCGACUAG